AUGUCAAGAGCAUCGUACAACAAUGAAAGAGGUGUUAGAAAUCAAUUCACAGCAUCAUCACCAAUAAUCUCGCCAUAUAUAUAUAUUCAACCACAACAACAAGAUGCCAGUGAUUACUUAAGGCUUUUAUUAAUGAUAAUUGAUGAAGAUGAACAAAAACACAUUAAAUCCGCCUGUGCAACAUCGAAAACAAGAACAACGGUUCAGGAUGUGUUCACUUUCGAAACCGUUGAAAUUAUCAAGUGUGGUAAAUGUGACGAUGAACAUAUCCGGGCAUUUGAACCAGAAAUUAUAUUAACAGUGGAAAUUCCGGAGUCAUCGAAUGGACUAAAAUCAAUCGACGAAUAUUUAAAAAUUCGUUUCAUCGAAUCAAGUCUUUCUGGAUACAAGUGUAAUUCGUGCACAACAUCCGGUACUUCUAGAUCAAAAUUAUGUUUAAUGACAACAUCACAGAUAUUGUUAAUACAUUUAUGUAGAUUUAAAUAUGAUCGUGAAAAAUGUGAGAGUACAAAAAUAACAACGGCAAUCGAAUUUAAUGAUAUAUUAGAUAUAAAUCCAGUAUUAAACAAUCAACCAGUUGAAUAUCAUUAUUCAUUAUAUGCUGCCGUUGUGCAUGAUGGUGAAACAUUAGAAUAUGGUCAUUUCUCAAUAUACAUCAGGCUGUCGAAUAACACGUGGUUGUACAUUAAUGAUAGUCAACUCAAAUUUGAUGUUGACUUAUCACAAGUAUUGGAUGA